CCCUUUCCCACAGGUGAAGCACACCCCUUUUCUUGCUCGUUUAGUAUAAUUAUUAUUAAGAUAUAAUCAUGGCACAACAGGUGAAGAUUAAUACUUCAAGUUACAUGGGUAGUACAUCAAUAUCCAAGAAGAAGAACAAUGGGGUUUCAAGAAAGUGUGCUUCCUUGAUUAAAGAACAACGAGCCAGGAUUUACAUUCUACGACGUUGUGCUACCAUGCUUCUCUGCUGGUACAUUCAAGGGGAUGAUUGAAUUGAUCAAUUCACCAUGCAUUUCUCUAACUGAUCACAACAAUAUAAAUUAUAGCUAGCUUACUCUCUAUAUACCUUUUUCUCUCUAUAUACGCACACCUACUAAUUAAUUUACUAUCCGUUCUACUAUCUUUAUGUGUCACCCUUUCUUUUUUAAACCGUCACAAAGAGAAUGUCUUUGAUGACACCAUCCAUUUUACCCAAUUAAAUCUUUGUUUUGAAGAAAAGAAUAACUUUAACAAAGGAAAUCUGGUAAAUAUAUAUAGAAAAAUCUUCGUCCCUAAUUAUUUCUCAAACUCGAUCAAACCGUGUCACAUGAAUUAUAUUUCCCUUGUUUUGGCUCCCAUCAUUAAAUUCCACUUAUAUAUAUUCUUCCCUGCUGAUCAUGUGCCUACCACUUCAAUUCUUUAUAUAUUCUUCCCUGCUGAUCAUGUGCCUACCACUUCACUUCUUUAAUUUGUUCUUUUUUUCAUUCAAUGGGUCCAUUGGAGUCUUUUUGGGGCACAUGAAAACACAGGAAAGAGUUCUAUAGGAUCACUUUGAGACACAAUAUUUUUUGGAGAAACAAGGCUGCAGGGAUGAUGAAUAAGAAAGCUAACCAACAAAGAAAUUUGUUAGAUAGCCUAUCAUCUUUUUUAUUAUGUAAUUUACUUGAGGAAAGAAUGUGUAAGUGGAUCAAUUUGUUCUGAAAUACUAAUGAAUAUUAAUUCCAAAA